GUAUGCCUGCAUAGAAGCUUGUAUACAUCGUGCAACCUACUGUUGAUUCAGCGCGAGCGGUUGGCGCACUUUGCUUGCCGCGCCAGGGCAAUUCUCUUCCAGAAUGACUUUCUCUAGCACCGUCGUGUGGCGUAGGAUAUGUACCGCUCACGGACUACCGACAGAGCUGCUGGGCAUAACCGCAGCUUCAGGCUCCCCUCGGCUCCAGGUGGUGGUCAUACCCGGUAACCCCGGCAGCGCCAUCUACUUUCAGCCUUUCAUGCGGAACAUCUACGACAUGCUGGGCGGCGAGGCUGACGUGCUGGCAGUGACGCACGCCGGGCACGAUCCCCAAAUCCCCAACCCCUCCGGCACCGUGUGGAGCCUUCAGGAGCAGAUCUCGCACAAGGUGUCCUUCCUGCGCGAGCACGUGCUGCUGCCGGGGCGGCCGCCGGUGGUGCUGGUGGGGCACUCCAUUGGAGCGGCCAUGAUGAUAAGGGCUGUGGCUGAGCUGGAGGGCCUCAGGAGACGGCAGGACACUGCUGAGAACCAGCAGCAACAGCAGCAGCAGGAGGCGACACCCAACCCUCUGUCAGCGCACCCGCCGGCUGCUGUGCCCUACUUCGCCGCGGAUGCCAGGCUGCCACCCAUCGUCAAGAUGGUGGCCGUGUUCCCCUUCUUCGAGACCAACUUCCCCGGCAACUCCCGCCAGCGCCGCCUGCGCAUGCUGGCGCCCUACUACGAACUGUUGGGCUGGGUGGGCGCCGCCGUCAACGCACUGCCGGAGGCGCUGCGGCGCGGCUUCGUGGCGCUCAACGCGUCCAUGGAGCCGGACGCACGGUCGCUCACGGCGCGGCUGCUGACGCGGCACGUGGUGCGCAACGCCUUCUACCUGGCCGGACACGAGUUCAAGGAGCUGUCCCAGCCGUGGGACUGGGCGCUCAUGGGCGAGCUGGGGUCGCGGCUGCACGUGAUGGGCUGCGAGCACGACACGUGGCUGUCGCGGCGGCAGUACGACGACAUGCUGCAGCACGUGCCGGGGCUGCAGGCCACCUGGCAUCCCAACCUGCGCCACGCGUUCUGCAUCUCACAGCGCCAGAGCCUGGAGGCGGCGGAGCACGUGGUCGGGUCCAUCGUGCGCCCGCUACUGUACGCCGCCAGCCCCAGCGCUGCCGCCGCCGCAACCGCCAACGACCACAGCAACGGCCACGUGGAGCUGCCUCAGUGGGGCAGUGCGGUGCUGCGCGGCUCCCCCAGCGCCGUGUCAGUCAGCCGCGGCCCUGCCAGCCCCAGCCCCUCAGGCAGCAGCAGCCGCAGCGGCGGCAGCGGCGCCGGCGGCGGCGCAGCCGACACAGCCGACACGGCGGCGGCGCAGCCGCAUGCGACGUACCCGGCGCAGCACCACCCGCUCCAGCAGCACUACGCGCCGCACGGCGACCAGCAGGCGGCAUUGUACGGCCAGACGGCGGCGGUACGGCGGCAGAUGUACGGAGAUGACGUGGCGGGCAGCGCCCGCCACGACGCCAUGGCGGCGGUGGCGGCGGCGGGCUUCGGGUCGCGAGGUGCCGCGGAUGGCGUGUCGGAUGACCAGAUUGAGCUGGACGUCUUCGGUGACGGCGCUGAGCCGGCGGCUGGAGGCAGCGGCGGGGGCAGUAACGGCAAGCUGGCUCAGCGCGGUUCGGCUGCGGCAGCGACCGCGUCGUCGUCAGUAGCAGUGCUCGCGAGCAGCGGCGCCGCGGCGGUGGCGGCGGGUGGUGUGGUCACCCGGAGCAUGGCGCGUCGCCAGGGUGCCGCCGGCGGCGGCCGCUGAGGGAUGCUGAGGCGUGUUGGGGUGGGUGGGGGCGAAUCCGUAUUGUUGGGCCGCGGCGUGUGGUAGUGGUAUUCAUGUCGCAUUUUUUGGUAGUGGCGGCGGUGACUCAUGCUUUUUGUUAGGCAGCAUGCGCUUUGGAAGAUUCAAGAAUAGCUCAUGGCAGGUCAUUACCUCCUUAGGCUGCUCGUUGUACUUUAUGAAUGCCGUACUGCAACAUUUUUCGUGAGAGAUGCCCCCCAGGAACACCCCGGUCCGUGGCUGGUGGCUGGCAAAACAUAGCAUACUGGCACAAACCGCGACUGCUACGUAUUAGUAUUUGUUAUUGCUUGAGCUUGAGAAUGAGUGACCCCCAGUGAGCCUAGGGGCGGAGAAGCGACAUUUCAAUAUAAUUUACGCCGUGAUUGGACAACCUACAGCAUGAGCGAGGUUGGAUGGGGGUUGUUGUUUGUGUGAGGGGAGGGCGGGGGAGGGCGCUGGCGUGCUGCGAAAAAUACCGGUGCUGGGAUUUCAACAUUUGGUGUAUGUGUGCAGUCCAGCCAUUUGGGCGCAUGCGGACUUGUCUCUGCGCAUGCGGCCUGGUGCCUGAUCUGGGCGCCCUUACUCAUUGUACUCGGGAGUGUGACGACGCUCAUUUUGGCAAAGCAUGAACUGGGUGGGGCCGUGAUACGGAUUACUGAGAGGAGGGCUGCUAAGAUUAUCGACACGUUGCGAAGGCACCGUGGUCAGUGGGGAGAGGUAGCGAUUGUGAGCGAGUGCAUGUGGUUUCACCGUUUGCAGCCGUGUGCGUGCAUCGUGCGGUUGUGGCGUACAUCAGACAGCAAUUCUUGGUGCGGGAACGCGGCAGACAUGGCGAGAUCCGAGCAGGGAUCCGAGCCGUGCUGAUUGGUGACAGUCCGCUGUGGACAGGGUGCUGUUACAUCGUGCAUACCAUGUAGUACUGAGCCGUGU